AUGGAUAUCCCUCACUUUAAUCGUUUAUUGCCCAGUGCCACAAAAACCAAUUUAAAUGUUUUCAUAUGCGACAAAAACACCGUUGGAUUUUUAAAUCUAAGUUUCAAUGACUGGCUAGUGACAGUAUCAUGCAGUUCUAUUCAUGUAGUUGGAUUGCUCAAUAAAGCUCCAAAGUUUUUGUUACUUAACUUUCAGGGAAAAGAAUGA